AUGGCACCCGCAGCAGCAUCUGCCGGCAAGAAGCAAAAGAAGAAGUGGUCAAAGGGCAAGGUCAAGGACAAGGCCAACCACGCCGUCAUCCUCGACAAAGCCACCGCCGACAAACUCUACAAAGACGUCCAAUCCUACCGUCUCAUCACAGUGGCCACCCUCGUGGACAGACUGAAGAUCAAUGGCAGUCUCGCAAGGAAGGCGCUGAAUGACUUGGAGGAGAAGGGUCAGAUCAAAAAGGUGGUUGGACACAGCAAGCUGAGCAUCUACACGAGAGCUGUGACUGCUGCUGAGUAG